ACACGGACCAUCAACACUCGGCCAAUUGCCCAUUGGCAUUCGACCGUCGCACUGUCGUUCGCCGCUCGGCGCGCAGUGCUAUUGUUGUGUUGCGCGCGUGCGUCCAUCAUAUGAUCAACGCCGACAGUCCUACACCGUCGUGACUCGCCAUUUACUACUCGCUAGUUCGUCACUUCGGAACUUCUUGCUGUUGCCGCACUGCUUGUCGGAUGAGGGCAAAGUACGUGUCUUACUGUUUUCUCUUGUAAGCACCUGUCCGGCUCGCCCGCCACCUUCAUUCAAUUAUUUUUCUUUCUUGAUCGCCGUCUUGUGAGUUGGUUUCUCAUCGUCGGGUUCCAUUAUCGAGUUCGUUCACGACGCAUCGUGAAAUAGAGCAGAUCUCGUGUGAAACAAUUCGCAUUUAUUUUCCGUUAAUUAAUUUCAACAAGGUGAUUGACAAUGCCGAGAACUAGCAGUCGUAAAAGGAACAGUCGUCGAAUUGAUAGUACAGUUAGGGUUACUUCCAAUUUAUCACCAAACGCUCCAGAAUUUAUUCCUAUAGCAAAUGAUGAGACUACUUCUAAUCAAAGAGGAAAUAUAGUAAUUCAGUCAAUGACAUUUUGUGCAAGUUCCAGUACAUCAAAUAAUAGUGGGAAUAAUAGUAACUCUAAUUAUGAAACUAGUACUAUAGUUUCAUCUAUACCAGAUGCAUUAAAAAAUAAGGGUCAACGAGAUUUACUUAUUAACCUUUUGAAUGAAUGCAGAGUGGAUUGUGUAAUAUGUUAUGAACGAGCUAAAAAUGUAGAACAAAUUUGGAACUGUCGUAAUUGUUACCAAAUUAUGCAUUUAAAAUGCAUAAUAGUUUGGUUCAUUAAAUCUCAUCGUAAUGCUGUCUGGAGAUGUCCAGCUUGUCAAAGUGAAGUGACUGGAAAACCAAAAUAUGUAUGUUAUUGUGGUACUUUACCAAAUCCAUAUCAUAACAAUGUUGACAUACCUCAUUCGUGUGGUCAAGUUUGUGGAUUGCAAAGAAAAAAUUCUAAUUUAAACUAUAAUGAUUGUCAUCAUAAGUGUACACUACUUUGUCAUCCUGGUCCUUGUCCACAAUGUGUUGUACAAGUUUUAAGAUCAUGUGGAUGUGGAAAAAAACGAGUUUAUGCACAAUGUGGACAGUCAACCCAGAUUAUGUGCGACAAUGUUUGUCUCAAAAAAUUAAACUGCCAAAUACAUGAAUGUGAAAAAAUAUGUCAUGCUGAUAGCUGCGAACCAUGUAAUAAGGGCUGUCCUCAAAAUUUAAAUCCGUCAGAAGAAAAUUUAGCUAUAGCAAAUGCAAGAUUUGCUGAUGCAAUUUUGCAAUAUAAUCUAUUGCCACCUGAAGCAUUAGUAACAGAGGAAGAAUUAAGAAUGCUAGGAUUGAAUCCAGAAGAAAUAUUUGAUCAAAGAAAUGGUCCUAAUUCAUUUUAUCCUACUACUCGUAAUGAUGAUAUUGCUAAUAUGAUUCCUAAUAAUGAAGAUUUUUAUCUAAUAGAUAGUGAUACUGACGAUGAUUUAGUUGUCAGGCGUAAUAUGGAUGAUAUUAUGAGAGAUAUUCAUUUUGGAAUGCAUAGUAAUGCUCUUUUUUUACAACGUCGACGUUCUGGUUACCCUGGUUCUGAUGAUAUUUUUGAGGAUGAUCCAAUAACUGAAGAGAGUCAAGAUGCUGAAGAAGUAGAAGAUGAUGAUGAUGAUGAUGAUGAUGAUGAUGAAGAUGAAGAUGAUGAUGGUGAUGUUGAUGGUGGUGAUAGUAGUGAUGAUGAUGAAUAUUCAGGUUGUGAUUAUUCAAAUAAUGAUAUUCAAAUGUGUUAUUGUGGAAAAUCAGAGCGGGAAGUACCAUGCACUCAAGAAAAUGCCAUGGUGAUGUACUACAGCUGUGGAAAUCUGUGUGAAAAAAAAUUAUCUUGCGAAAAUCACUUAUGCCAGAAAAUAUGUCAUGUUGGUCAAUGUGACCCAUGUAUAGCUUUAUCUGUCAAUAGAUGCCCUUGUGGAAAACGGUUAUUGACUGAAAAUGAACUUGGCACUCGUACAUUAUGCACACAACCAAUACCCACGUGUGACCUACCAUGUGGAAAACCUUUAGAAUGUGGUCCCCCAGAAAAUCCACAUCUAUGUGAACAAAAGUGUCAUGAAGGUCCGUGUGUUCGCUGUGAACUAAAAACCAAAUAUGUAUGUAAAUGUGGUAGUAGAUCCAAGGAAAUAAAAUGCAAUUCUGUGACCAGUGAAUUAACUUGCAAAAAGAAAUGUAACAAGAUGAUGUCUUGUGGUAAACAUAGAUGUAUGACUAUGUGUUGUAAUGCACAAGAACAUAUAUGUACCAGAACUUGUAAUGGACUAUUAAAUUGCCGUAUACAUCGUUGUGAUCGUGUGUGCCAUACUGGCAGCUGUGCAACGUGCUAUGAAGCAAGUUUUGAAGAGUUGUAUUGUCGUUGUGGCAAUAGUUUCAUUUCUCCUCCAAUCAGAUGUGGUACUCGUCCACCAUUAUGUACAUUACCUUGUUCAAGAGAACAUGAAUGUGGUCAUCCAGCUACCCAUAUAUGUCACGACGAGGAAGAAUGUCCUCCUUGUAUAGCUUUAACUGAAAAAUUGUGUUUUGGUGGUCAUGAGCUGCGAUUUGCUAUACCAUGUCAUAUAAAGAAUGUAUCAUGUGGAAUGCCUUGUGGCAUUCCACUUCCUUGCAAAAGACAUACUUGUACCAAACCAUGUCAUGCACCACCAUGUAAUACCGGUCCAUGUCGGUUACCAUGUAAUUUACCAAAAUUAGAUUGCAGUCAUCCAUGUUCUAAACCUUGUCAUGAUGGUUCAUGUCCAUCAAUAGCAUGCAAAAUAAUGGUGAGUGUUAGCUGUAUUUGUGGGAAUUUGACAGAAGCUAGGAUAUGUUCUGAUCCCAAGGUGGUUGAAUAUCGUCUUCAAGUUAAAGCACAAUCAAUGAGCUUCCUAGACAAUAUUGUUGACUCAUCGCCAAUCAUAAAAUCAUAUAAAAUUUUGGAGUGUACAACAGAAUGUGCUAAAUUAGAAAGAAAUCGUCGUAUUGCUCUUGCACUUCAAAUCCGCAAUCCAGAUUUAUCUCCUAAUGUCACUCCACGAUAUUCAGAUUUUAUGAAAGAAUUUGCAAAAAAAGAUGCACCAUUCUGUAGUUAUGUCCAUGAAAAACUUGCUGAAUUAGUCACUAAUGCCAAACAAUCUAAACAAAAUUCUCGAAGUCAUUCAUUUGAAGUAAUGAAGUAUGAAAAACGGAAAUUGAUUCAUGAGUACAGUGAACAUUUUGGAUGUGAAUCAGUAGCUUAUGACGCUGAGCCAAAUAGAAAUGUUGUAGCUACAGCUCUUAAAGAAAAAUCAUGGCUUCCCAAUUAUAGUGUAGUAGAAGUUGUACAACGUGAAAGUGGAUGUCCACGAGUCAACCCAUUUGCAAGCAUUCAAAAGCGAAACACCAUUAUUCUAAACAAAAAACUCUAAGAUCAUUAAAAUAUUUAUGUUUAAUUUAGAAUAUAUUUUCAAAUUACCUUAAUAAUUAAAACACAAUUUCAUAAAUAUUAAAUAUAUAAGUAUAUAACAUAUUUUGUUUUCUUCCAAUGUCAUUUUUA